AUCAUUGGAUCGACAUUGGAUCGACAGCGUCGUGGCUAUCUGACACCCACAGAUAUGCUCCGCAUACCGCAGCUUGCUCAGCAUCCAUUGAAACGCCAAAUCGUGGACACCUCCCCGUCCAGAGCUGCGCUCUCCUUUGACCAAUUUGUGUGCGCCUGCGCUACUGGAGCGGCUGGAGCCGCAGUUCAUAUUCACCAGUUCACCAAGACCAUGGAGUACCACCAUGGAGUCCACCCGAUAACGAAAGCGCCCAUAAGAUGCGCCUACUGCAUUCGGGCUCAAUCACUCAAUCACUCGGCACUGGGACAGAUCAAAUAUAAGGAGUUCGAGUGCCGUCUCAGUGCUGCCGAUCUAGAGGGUCGCCUCUCCAUCAGAAAGUGGCUCGGUAAGGACGUGCCGUCAGGGAUUGGGAUUGGGAUUGGGACUGGGAAUAGAUUGUAAAAGACUCGAUACGAUAGGUCGAUAGGAUUGUAGAAAAAGACUCGAUAUGUUGUGCUGCCAGACUGAUCAAGGCAUCAUCGGGAGUUCUUAGGAAUUGUUUUGGUAUUUUCAAUAACAACUUUGUGGCAACUUAUCUUUGUGGCAUGUGGCAAUACAGAGAAAUACAGAGGCUGGAGUUUGAAAAGCUGCAACAAUCGAUCGGAUCGCAAAAUGGAAGCAACAAUGAAAAGGUACCAAGCUACCUACAUGUACAUGUUCGUGACGCUAGUACGCUAGUACGCUAGUAC